CCCCCGCCCCCUUCAUUGCAUACAGUGCAGCAGGGUGAUCACCUCCUACCCGUCGGGCAUACUAUCUACCUAUCUCGCUAUCUCUUCGCCUCUGCCCCUCCGUUUUCCUUCCUGCCCCGCCACACAUCAUGUCGUUCUUCAUUGAAAACCCCAAUGUCGGGGACAGAUGCUCCCUGGAAGACUCGAGAAUUCGCGGUUACAAUCCCCUCACCCCCCCCAACCUCCUCCAACAUGAGAUCGCCUUGACAGAAAAGUCCCGGAAAACGGUCCUGGAAGGACGUGACGAGGCCAUUGCCAUCGUCCACGGCACAGACACCGACCGUCACCGUUUGCUGGUUGUCAUCGGACCCUGCUCCAUCCACGACCCCGAGAUGGCUCUCGAAUACUGCGAUCGCCUCUUGAAGAUGAAGGAGAAGUACCAGGACGAGUUGCUGAUUGUUAUGCGCUCCUACCUCGAGAAGCCCCGCACCACUGUCGGCUGGAAGGGUCUCAUCAACGACCCCGACAUCGACAACAGCUUCAAGAUCAACAAGGGUCUGCGCACCUCCCGUCAACUCUUCGUUGACCUCACCAACAAGGGCAUGCCCAUUGCCAGCGAGAUGCUCGAUACCAUCACCCCCCAGUUCCUCGCUGACUGUCUCUCCGUCGGCGCGGUCGGCGCUCGCACCACCGAGUCUCAGGUCCACCGAGAGCUGGCGUCGGGUCUGUCGUUCCCUGUCGGCUUCAAGAACGGCACGGACGGCUCCCUGGACGUGGCUGUCGAUGCCAUUGGUUCCGUCAAGCACCCCCAUCACUUCCUCUCCGUCACCAAGCCCGGUGUCGCUGCUAUUGUCGGCACCGUAGGCAACCCCGAUUGCUUCGUCAUCCUUCGCGGUGGCAAGAAGGGACCCAACUUUGAUGCGGAGAGCAUUGCAGAGGCCAAGACCAAGCUGACCGCUAAGGGCAUGCCCGCCCGUCUCAUGGUCGACUGCAGCCACGGCAACUCGCAGAAGAACCACAAGAACCAGCCCAAGGUGGCCGCUGUCCUGGCCGAGCAGAUUGCUGCUGGUGAGACAGCCAUCAUGGGUGUCAUGAUUGAGAGCAACAUCAACGAGGGCACUCAGAAGGUUCCUCCUGAGGGCAAGGCCGGUCUCAAGUACGGUGUCAGUAUCACUGACGCCUGCAUCCACUGGGAGGAUACCGAGCUUGUGCUGGAAAACCUUGCACAGGCUGUGCGCGCCCGGCGGGAGAAGCUGGCUGCCAGCUCCCAGUGAGUCGCACUGGGCUUGUCUCUCCGUUAAUGAGAUGUCAACACGUUAUGUCAGCCAUACCACUUCUUGACGCAUGGAUUUAGGGACUGGGUUUUCUAGCGGUUGUUUCUUUCGAUAAAAGUGAUAUCUAUCUUGAUUGCAGUACACGUUUUAGAAUUUUGCGUCGAAUCAUGAUUUCAUCCCAUUGUGAGCUGCGAGUUUGAUGUCACGCUGCAGUUGUCAACGUCUU